UAUAGAUGGACAGAAACUCUCACCAGCGUUAUCAGACGAAGCGUCUCUGGCGUCAACAUGAAGCAUCUUGUGGUGAUUUUCGCAUCUGUGUUUGUGGCAGCAGAAUGUGCCUUGCUCCAGGGCUAUAACUUGCCCACCCCCGGAUCUUCCUCUGGAUUUACCCACGGUUCAGGAGGGUCCAUCGGAGGUUCAGGAGGGUCAUUCGGAGGUGCAGGAGGGUCCUUCGGAGGUUCAGGAGGAUCCUUCGGAGGUUCAGGAGGGUCAUUCGGAGGUGCAGGAGGAUCCUUCGGAGGUUCAGGAGGAUCCUUCGGAGGUUCAGGAGGAUCCUUCGGAGGUGCAGGAGGGUCCUUCGGAGGACAUGGAUCCAUCUCUUGUGGUGAUGGACAGGUCGCCCACGGAGGGAGCUGCGUAACUCCUCAAGUCGAACGCAACGUCUACGUCUAUGACGUCCCUGCACAGCCCAGACCCGUCGGCCCUACCCCUAACAUCCCAGCACCUAAGGUCGAGCACAACAUCGUCUUCGUGCGCCUUCCAGAGGGCGCUGCAGGACAGGAGCCUAUUGUGGUUCCUCCACCCCAGCAGAAGAACAUCGUCUAUGUCCUCAACAAGGCAACUGCAGUCGGUGGACAGAAGGUCAUCCAGGUUCCAGCACCACCCAAGAGCCAGCCUGAAGUCUACUUCGUCAACGUCGGCGACGGCCAGAACCCAACUCUUCCAGGAGGGGUUGAUCUUCAGAGUGCCCUCAGCAGCGCUGUUCACCAGGGAGUUGGCCAGGUCAUUGGAGGUACUGGGGGAUCAGGCAUUGGUGGCGUCUCCGGAGGAUCAGGAGGAGUUGCAUUUGACAGCGGAUUCGGAGGUGGGCUUACUGGAGGUGUUUCCGGUGGCGUUGUCAGUGGUGGUGACAGCUUCGGCAGCGUCUCUGUCGGUGGUGGUGACAGCUUCGGCAGCGUCUCUGGAGGUGGUGGUGACAGCUUCGGCAGCGUCUCUGGAGGUGGUGCCCCAAGUGGCCUGUACUCCCCUCCUUAAAUGUAUAAGUAAUGUUCAAUAUAUCACACUUGUAAAGUCUUCUCUCUCUCUCGCUCUUGUAAUCAUCAUAAGUAUGUGUAAAUGUAAGUUAACGAUAACUAUUUGAAGAACAUAAUAUAUUUGAUCGGAGUUGUGGAUAUUUAUCGAAUACAGUAUCUAAUCAUCUAAA